UGAAAGAGAAAGACUUGAGGAUCCCGGCUUAAACUGAACAAGAGUCCUGUGAGCUGAAUGCGCUCGACCUAAGAGAACAGACCACCGAGAAACAAAGCCACACACGCAAAACAGUCGAUUCAGAAACAGACGUUAGAGAAAAUGUGAAGAUCUUUAGUUGUCACAGUGUUGGAGCAGUCAACAGUAACCGGGAAAGAUGGCGAGGACACAGACUCGCAUGUUCCUCGCCUUGGCUUUGCUGGGAAUUUUAUUUCUCGAUGUCUCGGUGAGAGGGGAGCUGCAGGGAGAGCAACAGGCGGAGGAGGAGGAGGAGAGGUCCUGUCAGGGCGCCUUCGACCUCUAUUUUGUCCUGGACAAAUCUGGGAGUGUGAAGAAUCACUGGAUAGAGAUUUACUCCUUUGUGGAGCAGUUGGCAGAGAAGUUUAUCAGCCCCAUGCUGAGAAUGUCCUUCAUAGUCUUCUCCACACGAGGAAACAUCAUAAUGAAGCUGACUGAGAACAGGGAGGCCAUUACUGGAGGCUUAACAGCUCUGAGAAGGGUUAUCCCUGGAGGAGACACAUUUAUGAAUUUAGGCCUGGAGAUGGCCAAUACCCAGAUAUAUCAAGAGAAGCAUGGUACGGCCAGCGUCAUCAUCGCUCUGACUGAUGGAGAACUGAAUGAGUGGCAGUUUGGCACAGCUCAGCAAGAGGCGCAGAGGGCCAGGUCCAUGGGAGCCAUUGUUUACUGUGUAGGGGUCAAAGAAUUCAACCAGACCCAGCUCGCAACUAUUGCAGACACUGUGGAACAUGUGUUUCCUGUGUGGGGAGGCUUCCAAGCCCUCAGGGGAAUCAUUGACUCGAUCAUCAAGAAGUCCUGUAUUGAGAUUCUAGCAGCAGAGCCAUCCAGUGUGUGUGCAGGAGAGAGUUUCCAGGUGGUGGUGAGAGGCAAUGGUUUUCUCCAUGCCAGAAACAUCGAUCAAGUCCUCUGCAGCUUCAAACUGAACGACACACACACUUUGGAUGAGAGACCAGCUGGAAUAGAGGAUACCUUCCUGCUCUGUCCUGCUCCUGUCAUAGAGGAGGUUGGGAGGGUGAUCUACCUGCAGGUGAGCAUGAAUGAGGGCCUCUCCUACAUCACCAGCUCCGUUCACAUCACGACUACUGAAUGUUUCGACGGCACCAUCGUGCUAAUAUCGUUGCUGGUGGUGUUCCUGCUGCUGGCUCUGCUGCUGCUCUGGUGGUUCUGGCCUCUCUGCUGCACUGUGGUAAUCAAAGAACCUCCACCACCUCCACCUCCAGAGCCAGACUCAGAUGAUGAUGACGGGAUGCCAAAGAAGAGGUGGCCCACGGUGGACGCAUCUUACUAUGGAGGAAGAGGAGUGGGUGGCAUCAAACGCAUGGAGGUGCGAUGGGGGGAGAAGGGGUCCACUGAGGAAGGCGCUAAGCUGGACAAACCUAAAAAUGCAGUUGUAAAGAUGCCGGAGCAGGAAUUCGAACCUUAUGAGCCCAAACCGAGAAAACCGCCCCGCCGCCCCCCACAGCAGAGGAGGUGGUACACACCCAUUAAGGGGAAGCUCGACGCUCUGUGGGCUCUGUUCAGGAGAGGUUACGACCAGGUGUCUCUGAUGCGACCACAGCCUGGAGAUGAGGGUCGCUGUAUUCGUUUCCAACGGGUCAAAGACGGGGAGUCCGGCCCAAACAACCGGGCUCCUCCUCGCACACAUCACUCUCCCUCGCCUCCUCCUCCUCCUUCUCCUCCUCCUUCUCCUCCGCCUGCCGAACAGCGACCUCUGGUCUCCAAUUCUGUGCCUCGUACAAAGCCGCCAUCGAGAGGGCCCCGCACCACGCCGCCCUCCCGCGCACCCCCUUCCGUGGUCCAGCCCCCUCCGGGUCCACCUCCAACUCGUGCACCCCCGGGGCCUCCGGGACCCCCGCCAUCUAGACCCCCACCCAGGCUGUGAUGAUGAAGAGUUGGCCUCCAAUAAACAACUGAUACAUCAACUCAUUCCAUAAAAAAAAAAAAAAAAAAAAAACACAUCCUCCUUUCACCCCACAGACUCAGACAGCAGAGAGCCAUAAACUCUUAUAAGCCAGGAGCUCUUACUGAAGCUCUGUGCUUUGUUGCUGGACAGCAAAAAAUAUUUAUCUGAUAUCAAAAUCAGCUACUGAGUUUCAUCGAUAACAUUUUUUUUUUUUUAUUAAAAAACACACAAACAUUAUAGGAAAAACAAGCAUGUAGUUACUUGAUUAAGCCUGUAUGUACAGUAUUAGAGGUCAUGUUGACUUGAGUGGUAAGAGUAAGUGCAAUCCUUGACUGGAAAUUCAGCAGAGAGGAUUUACGUGUUGUUGAAAGUCAGCUUGUUUGUGUAUGAGUGGUGAUGAUAGAUAGACCUGUUUGCUUUGGUUUCUCAGAGAAUAUUAAUGUCGAGCAAGGAUGUGGUGAUGAAUACAGCAUGUGGUGAAAGAUGAUAACAAUGUUGUUGAUGCUGGCUUUGGUUUUUAAAUGUACACUAUCUUAAAUCACACUGAUGCAUCAUUUUAUCUUUUUUGACCAAAGAAACUUUUUUUUUUUUUCUACAUUAUAGUUAAAAUUUAGUGUAAAGGUUCAGUGACCUUAUUGCAACUGCAGGGCAGUUUCUUCAUAUUUUAUUUAUUGUAAUACAGGCCCUGUCUGCAUCUGUUUUCUAUUUAGUAUCAGGUGGGUUUUUAGGUCUUUGAGGAAUAGGGAAUAUCCAGGUGGAUAUAAGGAAGCGUCCUGGCACAGCAUGUGAUGUGUUUGUGGUCUUGUUGACACUUUUACGUGGAAGAUUGCAUUGAGAAUUAGUACCUUCAGGGUUCUCCUGUAUUCUGCAUUUACUGACUGAAAUGAUCAUUUGCAUUAUUUCUUUUAUUAACAACCUUUUGUGACUGUCUUCAAUAAAAAAAAGUUUUUU